UAUGAAUUUUGAAGAUUAUUAAUAUCUCUUUAAAUUUGUAUUGAUUGGAGACUAAGGUUAAUUUAUAGAUUAAUUUUAGGUGUUGGUAAAUCCUGCUUUUUAUCUUAAUAUGUUAAAGGCAAAUUUAUUUAGGAAUAUGAUCCUACUAUUGGACUUGAAUUUGAAAGCAAAUCUAUAGAAUUUAAUGAUGGAGUUGUAGUUCAAAAUUAAUUAUGGGACACAGUAACAAUUACUAUUUUAAUUAGUCUGGAAGCUCUUAAUUUAUGGCAAUAUAAAAAACCUUUUGUUAAAAGUAAUUAAUAUUAUUUAUAUAAUAUUGUAGUGCUGCUGGUGCCAUCAUUUUUUAUAAGAUUGAUAACAAAGAUUCAUUUAAAUCAUUAGAAAAUUGGAUUAGUAUUUUAAAAUAAGUUUCAUCUGAUAUGAUUCAAAUUGUUAUUGUUGCUACCCAUUAGGAUUUAGAAAAUUAAAGGUUAUUUUAAUUCUAGAAUUUAGACAAGUUCAAACCUAACAAGGAAGAAACCUUGCUGAUUCUUUAGAUGCUAAGUUUUAUGAAAUUUCCAAUCAUGAUAAAGAUUAAAUUGAUGGAAUUAUAAAUUCUCUAUCUUAUAAUGUAUUACGAUUAGUCAAUUCAAAUAAAAUCAAUCCACUUAACACAGUAUUCCUAUUAAUCAUAAUAGCAAUAUGGAAUCAAAAUGAGUAGACAAUAAGAAUAAUAAUAUACAUCUUAAUAAGAUAAUACUGAUGAAAAUCUUAUUUAAUAAUAAUCUUCUCCAAAAAGGAGAGGCUCAGAUAUAAAAAUUGAAUAAAACUCAUUUAUCUCUUCAAAUAAAGUAACAGCUUCUCCAUAAAGAUAAUAAUAAUAAGAUAAAGAUUAAAAUGAAUAGAAUUAAUAAUAAAAUAAGUCAUAAUUCCAAUUAUUAUUUAUUCUGUUACCAAUUUUAAUUGCCUUUGGACUAUAUUAAAUAUUAUUAUGA